CCUAACAAGCAACCGGCGAUCGGGAGGAAGAACGCCAGCGAGCGGUCUUGGCGCUCUUCGACCCAUUACCGCGAAAGAGUGGUGAUUUUUUCCCCCUUUUCAAUUUCUUCCCCGUGCCGCUGACCUUACGUUGCGAUAAAACUCGAUAACGAUGAUGAAACAAACGAGAUAGAUAAAAAAUGUAAAAAAACUGAGGCGAUAUUAAUUAUAAGACACUCUGGUUUAUUAUUCUCAUCUGUUUACUCGCUCGAGUGAGAUUGUCGCGCUAUGUUAAGUUUUGGCAAGUGAAAAAAAUGUGACAAUACCAAGAAUCAGUGUGAAACAUCCGCCGACCGACAAUGAUUUACUUUCGAUCAAUAAAUUUACAGUUACAUGGUUAAUAAUGUUUCACUCGUUGGUUAAGGUGUAAUUCAUAGUGGAGUAUAUCAACGUGACUAGUGACCGCGGGACAGUGUCGAGAAUCUCUACUCAUCGACUCACCAAUUAUUCGUAUGCGAUUGUUUUAGUCCUGUCAAAUAUACGUUCGCACGUCGUUGCUCCUCCGCGGCGCCUUAUUCGGUUGAAUGUCCGUGCAAAGACGCGUGUUCACUCAAACUAUCCUUCAUUCGGUGCACCAGUAGCAACAGCAGCGAAGCUCGGCAGCAGCUUGGCAUCCUAUAGAUUUAUUUAUAUUUCAGACUUUAAAAGAAAUACUCCACGCGGAUCAUUAGUUUUUGCUCGGUGGAAUUCAUUUUUUAAUGAGAUUCUUACGCGUUCGCUUUUACGCAGUGAAGUGACUUUCCGGACGCAAUUGAUCUGAGCGGUGAUUCGCAUACGUCGGUGUAUGUUCUUGCUGUGUAAUACGCAAUCGGAUAAAGUACGAAAAAUCUAAAAGAAAAGCGGAACUCGUACAAAAGUUGUGUUCAACUAAUUUGGUGCGCGAAUGUUAUUACCUCGUUAUUCGUUGCGUGAAGCACAAUGAACGGUUAAAAGUAAAUAUCCGUGUUUAUGUAACGUAUGGUCUUCCGGAAACUCAACUGCGAGCUUGCUCGGAUUUCCUUUAAGAACAGAACUGUCUCCGUCCAUUUAUUCGCGAGUGGGCGUUUUACCUUCGUUGGUAAAGUUAACUCCCCGAGGUCGGAAUAUCCCGAAAAUUGUGCCGUUACGCUGUUGUGACUCAUUCAACGGAAAUUGACGCUUCAUCUUAGCGCGCAAACCCACCGGGAACAGUUGUGCAGUGACUUUUAUCUCUGAACUCUACGGUGUGAUUCUCGUUGCUUCGGAUAAAGUAUCCGAAAUUCGAGAGAAAUAUAUGAAAAUUUUGUCGACGAGGAUGAGUUGAGGACUGGGCUAUGAAGCUGAUAACCAUACCGGCCUUACUGGCCGCGGUAGUCGUUAAUCUUCUCCAGCCAAACGUUAAUGCCAACAUACCAGGUGGCAAGCCGUUCUCUGGUCUCGAGGAUCUGCCCAAGUCAUUAUGGCAUGAACUCAGCUCACCCUUCACCGAAACCUAUCAGGAGGAGAGUGUUUCAACGGAGAAUGGCGCGACUCCGGAACCUUUGCCCUUCUUCGCAGAUCCCGAUAGCAACAUUACUGUUCAACUCGGUGCUGAUGUGCAUUUAAAUUGUCGAGUAGAGAAUCUUCAAGGGCGUACGGUUUCGUGGUCACGCAGGAGAGGCGAAGAACUUCACUUGCUGACCAUCGGUAUACAGACUUACGCGAGUGAUAACCGGUUCGAAGUGGAUUAUCAAAAACCCAACGACUGGUGUCUUCGUAUUCGUUCGUCAAACGAACGGGAUGGGGGUGUUUACGAGUGUCAAAUCUCUGUUCAUCCGCCACUCACAAGAACGGUUCAUCUAUCGGUGUCGGUGCCGAGAGUCGAAAUAGUGGACGAGCACGGUGCGACUGCUAGCGAUAAAUUCUACAAAGCAGGCAGCACGAUAGAACUAAAAUGCGUAGUUAGCAAAGUGCCAAAUCCGACCGGGUACGUAACUUGGAGGCACGGCUCGAGGGUAUUGAAUUAUGACACGACUCGAGGUGGAAUCAGUGUCAAGACAGAUAUGGGUUCCGGCGGGGCCGUUUCGAGGCUCUACAUCGCAAACGCAAACAAGAAAGAUAGUGGCAACUAUAGCUGUUCAGCAGUUAACGUUGCUGCUACUACUAUCUCCGUCCACGUCCUUAAUGGAGAAAAUCCAGCGGCAAUGCAGCACGGGGGCGUGGAAGCGUUAAGAGCAGGAUUUGUUCUUGUGGCAAUGCUGACAUCAGCCUCUCUAUUAAGGUGACCAUGAGGACUCUUUGAAUCUCCGGAUGGAGUAUUCGAUGGGUGCGCAUCUCCCGUAUCCAACGCCUAAUUUAUCGUGGAAAUACGAAGGCGUGAAAUGCUGGACGAAAAGCGGCCGAAAUCGCGGGCGAUCGGAGAUCAACGUGUGUCGCUCCCUCGUCACUCACGUCGUUGACGUCUCGGUACAACGUGCAAUUUUUUUCCCCUCACUUCGACAGAGGUGACGAGCAAAAGCGUGAAAAUAAAAAUAUCGUGUUCUCGGAA